AGACUGUAUGGUAGUGUGGGCUGGUCGCACGUCCCCAUGUGGUCCCGACAUCAUUGACAUGGCGGAAUCCCCCUCCGAGCUCUCCUGGUAGCCCCCGCCGGGCUCUCGCCGCACUGCCUGCCGAGGACGGGCUCGCCGCGCCCGGGCCGCUCACCCCGCCCCCGUUUCAGCCCCUGCGAAGGUAGGGAAACUGAAGCACAGAGAAGUGAUAUGACUUUCCCAAAGUCGCAAGCAAAGCCUGUGGCAGAACAGUGAAUAAAACUCCCAGUCCAGGGCUCUGUCCACUAGGAACCCCGUUGAGGAAAAUUCUCCAUGAAUGUACGUCACAAUGAUGAUGACCGACCAAAUCCCGCUGGAGCUGCCACCAUUGCUGAAUGGGGAGGUAGCCAUGAUGCCUCACAUAGUGAAUGGAGACGGAUCACAGCAGGUCAUUUUGGUUCAAGUUAAUCCAGGUGAAACCUUUACAAUAAGGGCUGAGGAUGGAACACUUCAGUGCAUUCAAGGACCGGCGGAGGUUCCCAUGAUGUCACCCAAUGGAUCCAUUCCCCCUAUACAUGUGCCUCCAGGUUAUAUCUCACAGGUGAUAGAAGACAACACGGGUGUUCGCAGGGUGGUGGUUACACCCCAGUCUCCAGAGUGCUAUCCUCCCAGCUAUCCCUCUGCCAUCUCUGCAACCCACCAUUUACCUCCCUAUCUGACACACUACCCCCAUUUCAUUCACAAUUCUCAUACGGCUUUCUACCCUCCUGUCACCGGCCCUGGAGACAUGCCACCCCAAUUUUUCCCACAGCAUCAUCUUCCCCCUACAAUAUAUGGAGAACAAGAAAUUAUACCACUAUAUGGAAUGUCCAGUUACAUUACCAGGGAAGAUCAGUACAGCAAACCACAGCACAAAAAACUCAAAGACAGACAGAUUGAUCGCCAGAACCGCCUCAACAGUCCUCCUUCAUCCAUUUAUAAAAGCCACCUAGGCAACUGCACAAGUGUGUACAAUGGUUAUACGAAGAGUCACAAUGGAGCAAGCAGUGGAGGAGGUGGUGCGGGGGGAGCACCAGGAGUAAAAAAACUAGAGCGCAGAGCAAGAAGCAGCCCAAAGUCUAACGAGCAAGACCCACAUGAAUAUGACUCAGAAACCAAAAGAGUUCAAGACAUUCUUUCUGGAAUAGAGAAACCACAGGUUUCAAAUAUUCAAGCAAGAACAGUUUUACUUACAUGGUGUCCUCCAACUGGCCUUUUAAGUGCGGAUAGACACAAUAAUGGCUUGCCUUACACUUGUACUUACGAGGUUGCCUUAUCAGACAAAGGGAGGGAUGGGAAGUACAAGAUAAUUUACAGUGGAGAAGAAUUAGAAUAUAACCUGAAAGACCUUAGGCCAGCAACAGAUUAUCAUGUCAGGGUCUAUGCAGUGUACAAUUCAGUAAAGGGAUCCUGUUCAGAGCCAAUUAGCUUCACCACUCACAGCUGUGCUCCAGAAUGUCCUUUUCCACCCAAAUCCUCACACAGGACCAAAAGUUCACUAACCUUACAAUGGAAGGCACCCAUUGACAAUGGUUCAAAAAUCACCAGCUACCUGUUAGAGUGGGAUGAGGGAAAAAGAAACAAUGGUUUCAGAGAAUGUUACUUCGGGAGCCAAAAGCAUUGCAAAUUGACUAAGCUUUGUCCAGCUGUGGGCUACACCUUCAGAUUAGCAGCUCAAAAUGACAUAGGUACUAGUGGAUACAGCCAGGAAGUGGUGUGCUACACAUCAGGUAAUAUUCCUCAGACCCCUUCUGCACCAAGAUUGGUUCGAGCAGGUGUCACGUGGAUCACAUUGCAGUGGAAUAAGGCAGAAGGAUGUACACCAGAAGAAGUGAUUUCUUACACCCUGGAAAUUCAGGAGGAAGAUAAUGAUAGCGUGUUUCACCCAAAGUACACUGGAGAAGAGCUAACCUGUACUGUGAAAAAUCUCAGAAGAAGCACACAAUACAAAUUUAGGCUGAUUGCUUCUAAUGUGGAAGGAAAGAGUUGUCCAAGUGAAAUUUUGGUCUGCACAACAAGCCCAGACAGGCCGGGACCUCCUACCAGACCUGUUCUUAAAGGGUCAAUAACAUCUCAUGGCUUCAGCGUUAAAUGGGAUCCUCCACAAGAUAAUGGCGGUUCAGAAAUCCUAAAAUACCUAUUGGAGAUUUCUGAAGGAAAUUCUGAAGCAAAUCAGUGGGAAGUGGCAUAUAGUGGAUCUGCUACAGAAUAUACCUGUACUCACUUGAAACCAGGCACUUUGUAUAAACUCCGAGCAUGCUGUAUCAGCACUGGUGGACACAGCCAGUGUUCUGAAAGUUUACCCGUCCGUACACUUAGUGUUGCACCGGGUCACUGUCGGCCACCGAGAAUAUUGGGAAAACCAAAACACAAAGAAGUUCAGCUACAGUGGGACGUUCCUAUGUCAGAAAGUGGUUGUCAAGUCUCAGAGUACAGUGUGGAAAUGACAGAACCAGAAGAAGUUAUUUCUGAGGUGUAUCAUGGCCCUGAUCUAGAGUGCACAGUCAGCAACCUUCUUCCUGGAACAACAUAUCGGUUCAGAGUGAGAGCUUUGAAUGACGGAGGGUAUGGGCCAUAUUCUGAAGCUACAGAAGUCACCACGGCAGCAGGACCACCCGGCCAGUGCCAAGCACCUUUCCUUUCCUUUGUUUCUGACACACGUGUACUUGUAAGCUGGGAGAGUCCUGAAUGCUCUGGUGCUGACAUCUCUGAAUACAGAUUAGAGUGGGGAGAAGAUGAGGAAUCUCUGGAACUCAUGUAUAAUGGCACAGAUACCUGUUUUGAAAUUAGUGAAUUGUCAGCAGCAGCACAUUAUUGCUGUAGAUUACAGGCUAUAAACCAGGCAGGAGCUGGACCCUACAGCGAUCUAGUAACCUGCAGGACUCCAGCAUCAGUACCUGAUGCAGUCUGUACCCUCUCUAUAUUGGAGGAUGAGCAUAUGGAUGCCUAUCAGAUAUCACCCUCUGUGUGCCUUGUUUUAAACUGGGAAGAACCGUGCAAUAAUGGGUCUGAGAUUUCUUCUUACAACAUUGACCUUGGUGACAUUAGCAUUCCAGUUAGUAAUGUUACAAGUUAUGUUAUUGAUGAUCUGCUUCCAGAAACCUCAUACCGGAUCAGGAUCCAGGCUGUCAAUGAAAUUGGAGCUGGACCAUAUAGCCACUUCAUUACAGCAAAAACCAGGCCCUUACCACCCUUACCUCCUCGGUUAGAGUGUGCUGCAGCAGGCCCUCAGAGCCUAAAGCUGAAAUGGGGAGACAGCAGCUCCAAACUGCAUGCCGUCGAUGACAUGGUAUAUAUCUUGCAGCUAGAGGACAAAAACAAAAGGUUUAUUCCGAUUUAUAGGGGACCAAGUCACACCUACAAGGUACAAAGGCUGACAGAAUCUACUUGCUACACAUUUAGAAUACAGGCAGUAAAUGAUGCUGGGGAAGGGCCGUUCUCAGAAAUAUGUACCUUCUGCACAACCAGAUCGGUCCCACCCGCCAUCAAAGCUCCUCGAGUGACACAGUUGGAUGGAAAUGCUUGUGAAAUCACAUGGGAAAUGGUCCCACCCAUGAAAGGAGACCCUAUCAGUUAUGUGGUGCAGGUAGUGGUUGGGAGAGAAUCUGAAUAUAAACAGGUAUACAAGGGAGAUGAGACAACAUUCCAAAUCUCAGGCCUUCAGACCAACACAGACUACCGAUUCCGUGUCUGUGUAUGUCGCCGAUGCUUGGAUACCUCACAGGAACUUAGUGGACCUUUCAGCCCAUCUGUUGCCUUUAUGCUCCAACGAAGGGAGAUCAUGCUUACAGGGGAAUUGGGACGCAUAGAUGAUCCUAAGAUAAAGAGCAUGAUGCCUACUGAUGAACAAUUUGCAGCCCUCAUUGUUAUUGGCUUUGCAACUUUGUCAAUUUUAUUUGCCUUUAUAUUACAAUACUUCUUUAUGAAGUAGAGAAUCCAGUGAAAGUUUGAGGUAUAAAUUUAACUAAUGCUACGCAUUAUAAUCCACACAUUUAUUCAGAUAUUCCUUGAAAUCUUUUUGUUCUACCAUACAUUUUAUAUACUUCUCUUAUUUUUACAGUUCUAGCUAGCAAAAAGAUAAAUCCGUGUUUUGGUGCACCUUUUUGAAAUUCAAAACUAGGAGGAGGUCAAACUGGAGAAAUAAGCAGCCCAGAUACCAAAAGCAAGAUUUUUUUUCCUUCAGAGUUUCGGAAUUGCAAUCAAUUUGCCUUUAUGGUUUUUUUUUGUUUGGUUGGUUUGGUUUUGAUUUUUUUUCCCCACUGAAGUCCUUAUAGUCUUUCAUAUAUGUUACAAUUUAGUAAAUUAUAAUCCUUGGUCACUUAUUUUGUCUCUUCUGUAUCUGUAAACAUUAAUCACAAGUGUGUAUAGUAAUAAGUCUAGAAUGCAGUGUUAGUCAACAGUACCAGUCCUUCACCGACCAGUAUUACAAAUGUUACCUAUGAUUUAUUCACUACAAUACAUUUGUCCCAGUUUUUUUCAAGGUAAAAUGUACACUCAAUUAUUUUAACUGCUUAGUGCAUUUAAAUCAAAACAAUGUACUGCCAUCUAAAACUUUUUUAAUUAUCUGUUAUUUCUAUGGUUACAACACUAUGAACUGCCUGUAUAAGAAAUCAGAUAAUCAAACUGCAUAUAAAUUAUGAAGCAUUAUAGAUUUUUUUUUAAGCAUUUUGAUUCAUAGCAGUAACUUUAAGUAAGAGGGCAUUGUGCAAUAGUUAGUUAUUCCCAUGUUCAGCUGUUGGAAAGCUGCUUUAACUUUUGUUUGUUGUUGUGUGUGUAUAUAUAACUACUUUUAAUCAAUAGAUUUAUUAUAUUCUAUUUUGUUCAGCCUGAUUUAUAAGAUUAGAGCUGGUGACAGCUUACUGCCUCUACUGAUUAUGUAAGAUUUACACUCAAUGUAAACAACUUUACAGUCAAUCAGUCACUUUUGGAGGACGAUCCAUUUUAUAGACCUGUCUUGGGGGUAUCAAAAAUGAGGUCAGUUAAUUUAAGUACCUUAAAUUGGUGCCUACAUUAUUCUUAUCUCAGAGUCAAUCAAAAUAUUUGAUACAUUGCAAAAGCCAGAGUAGUUAUCCGAAUGUAUCAUUUCUCUUUUUACAGCAGUGGGCCACACAUACAUGUAUCAAUCCAUCAGAAUACUAGAUUUUUAAUUCCCGAAUCAUUGGAUUAUUUAUAUUGAAGUCAACAAUGUGUGAGUACCUCAGGGACAGUAAUGAGCUGGAGGUGCAAAUCAAUUCCAAAAGGGUGCAACAGAUACACAAUGUAUAUCCCUUCCUCUUGUUUUUGUAUAUUUUUGCUACUUGGUUUUGCUUUUGUCGUAGCUGUUUUGUGCUCUCUCUACAUUGUCUAAGAUGCAGUGUCCUAUAUUAGCAUAAUAUUCCCUUAACCAAAAUAAUGGGGAAGCCAACAUUAUUUGUGUUUUAGGUUUAUUUAUACAAUAUACUGCAUCCAGUACUUUAAAUGCCCAUUACAGUGCAAUCUUUUAUUUAUUGUAAAAAUAAAAUAAAAUAAAAAAUAAAGAAGUGUACUUAUGUACUAAUUUUUUUUCCCCCUUGUAGCAUGUUAAACGGUUUUGUCUGUUUUAUACUGUUGUACUUUAGGUCAACUUUUUACCUGGCAGCAUUCCUAGUAUUAUUAACCUUCUUACAUUUUCAUGUGUUUUUAAAGUUGGGAGCAUCUAGUGCAUUAAAUGCCAAAAACCAAAAAGGUUAUCAGUGAUUGAAACGUUUACAUGUAUCCAAAACACAUAAUCAUCUCUUGAAAGAAAGUGCUAAGAUUAAUGAAUUAUUCCAUGUGCCUCUCUAGAUGUAGCAAAUAUUACAAAUGUUCUGUAUUUUGUUAUUGACUAUAAUUAGUUUAAUUUAGCCUUGCAAACAGAUGGCAUUGAGAUAAAUAUAAGUUUUUGUUUUUGCCAAAGUCAUGGCUUGUCAAAUUUAUUUACAUUUUAUUUAAAUUUAUUUGUGAUAUGAAACUUUGUGAUCUCGCAUCUAUUCUGUGAGCAAAGCAUACACAGCUGUCUUCAAUGGGGGGGAAGAUAUAUUUUUUAGAACAGUGAAAAGUCAUCUGUAGUUUGAAAACCCACAGAUUUGAAUAGAUUCCCUUUCUGAAUUUUUGGAAUACUGUUUUCGCAGUGCUGCUACAAAAUCUAAGCCUGGCAUGUUUUUUUAAAAAAUACUGUAAUAAAUAAAACUUGCUUUAGAUAAUAUGUUCUCUUCUGCAAGUUUGAACGUAUGGAGUAGUUUUAAAAGCAGUGAGCAAAGGUGUAGAGAACAGAAAUCUGUAACACUUUAAGUAUUUCGAAUUCAUUUGGUAUCCAUUAUAAUCACACUAAUCAAAGAGCCCAAUCCAACUCCUAUUGAAGUUAAUGGCGAAAGUCUUCUAUGCAAGUUGGAUCAGGCCCAUAUUAAGUUAAUUUGACAUCAGUAUUUACUUAGUAUAUACUGCCAUUAUAAUUCAUUGUAAUCGUAGUAAUACCGUUAUAAUCCAUUUUAAUGUAACCAUAAAGUGUUACAGAUUUUAAACCAUUCCCAUUUCUACUUCCAUUAUCAAUGAUUACAACAAUUUACUGAUGCUUUGUAGUUCCCUGUACAUCUUUAUAUCCUUUCCCUAGCCCAAUAAAUAUCAGUCAUGUGAACCAAACCCAAAAAACCCUGUGCGCUCCAAUAAAUUGUAAAAAUAAAUUAAAAAAGGAAAAAAUAAGUAUUUAAAAUAUAUUAAAAAUUGAAAGAAACAUUUUUAUAUUAUCUGCCUUUUUCUUUAUGAACUUGAAAUGUUGUAGUUUUCUAAUCCUGUUUUGUUGGCUACAGUAGUUCAGUAUUCCAUGUCACAAUUGAAAAGUGCCCUAACUGAAUGUGUAUGAACAUUAUCCUUGCACAAUUCUUUAAAUUGAAAAAAAUAAAUAUGUUUUUACCUCACUACGGGAACAUACAUUCCAAGCUUUUCAACUUUGAGAAAAAUAAUCAUGUUUUCUUGUAUUGUAAAUUUUAGACUAUUUCAUAUGCAUUGUAUUAAAACUGCCAUAUCUAUUUUAAUGUAUAGAUUUUGCAGAUACUACGCUAUGUAUGUAAGACUUAACUGUAUCUGUAGUGUAUAUGUAAUAUAUUUAUGCCCAAUAAAUGUUUUAAUUCUUUCUGA